GUUAAGUACUUAUAUACAAUAAUGUAUAGGUGUUUAGGUGUAUUGUUUACCCGUAUUUUUUUUUUCUUUUCCCGCCAGAAUAAGUGUCGUUGAUAGUGUUCGCGUGCAGUGUUGUCUUAUGACAUGUAUUUGAUAAUAUACAAUCAAAAUAAUUAUAAAAGUGCUCAUAACAGUGUCAUAAUACUUAGUUGAUAUUAAAUUAAUAUUUUUUUAAAUUUUUUACCCAGUGAGUUAAUAAUUACUCCCAAUAGUCCCAACUAUAACCUAAUUUAAUACUCGCCAAAAUAAAUAAUAUUUAUCCACAGAAUCAGAUAAUAAAAUGACAACUCGAGCAGAUUUUUUCGGACAACGACCAAGACGUCGCAGUUCUUUACGGCAAGCGUUGGCCGUAAUCCCCGACAUGACAAGUUUAUCAGUAUCCUUAGGAUCACCACCUGUUGCAAGUCCAAACAACAAUUUAAACACGGACCGGAGCCCUUGGCACUCUGCUUCGAUAGCGACCUCGAGUCCGGACGAGCUGGUGAUUCAAAAGCGUGGUCGACGCAGCAAGACGAUAAUCUGGUCACCCGAGGCUGACUCCAAGAGGAACAGCUUGUUGAGCUACAGCGCGCGUGAACAUACUCCAGAAAAAAAUUCCGACUCUCAAUCGCAGUCGCCAAUAAUGAUGCGCGAACAUUUAUCAAUUAAAAAGAGGCUAGAUCUUUCAGGAGAAUUCAACGAGUCGCAUUUGACUACUCCGGAUAAAAAGUACAAAUUAAUGAACGGUGAUUGCCAAUUUAAUGGAAAUAAUUUAUUGAAUGGCCUCAGAGGAUUGAGCAAUGAACAGCUGGUUAAGAUGAUCAUGAACUUAGUUACAAUGCAAGAAGAAGGGACGUUGUCCAGUGAUACUAAAUUGCGGGAUGUUAUUCUUAAUAUUAUUCCAGCAGCUGAUGUUAGUCCGUUGCAGGAGAGGUUGGGUGUUUUAAGGCAGAAUAUUUUUAGUAGUCUCAUUUCUGCUGGAGAUUCUGCUUACAUACGUGCCUAUGUACAUUUAGAUGCCUUCCAGAAAACUUUGAUGGAACAAGGAAUGAAAUUGUUGCAGUCACAACACUGGAUUUCUUUGAUGCAUUAUGUUUUUAUAGCUUGGGCUAUCACUAAAGAUUUACCAGAAUGGAAUAAUGGAGAUAAUACGUCACAAAAAUGUUUUUCUAGCCUUGCGAAUUUUUGUAAGCAAGCUUUGUUAAAUGGAAAUUUUGAUCGUUCUGUUUUAGAAACAUUUUCAAAAAAGAUACAAAGUUCAAUACACGAUCACGAAGAUAUGAAAAUAUGUCUUCAAAUGGCUCACGAAAUGAUGCGAUAAAUACUCAUAUCAUCAUUUAUACUUUUAUAUGACAAUUAGCAGUAAAAUUUUUAAUUUAUAUAAAUCAGGAAACAAAAAAAAAUAACGGUGUGAACGAUAUUGUACCCAGUAUUUUUUUUUUAAUUUCAUUUAUUAUUAUUACUUAUUAACUAUUGUGAAUCUAGUUCUAAGGCUUUAUAUUUAUCAUUGAACGUUUAAUCGUUAAUAUUAUUUUUUAUAAUCAACGGAACUCCGACAAUCGACUUUAAUACAUAAAUUAAGUUUAUACAUAUUUUAUAAAUAAGCUAUAAUUUAUCAACAUUGUGUUUUAUGUU